GCGCAAAAGACAAAAGGAAGAUUGAGCAGGAUACACGAGAGUACAUACAUGAGGAAAAUUCGAAUAUUUUACGUUGACAAAUCUGCUGAGAAAACAUGGAUGUUGAUUUUGAGGAACUUUCACACGACACAGCUAUAAUCGCUAGGUUGCAACAGUUCAGCGAAGCAGCCUUCAAAGUCAAGGAUGUAGUGGAUUCUUUCAGCGAUCCUUCACUGUACGAAAAACUGUCCAAUGUCAAUAAGAUUAAAUACAAUUUGUUAUUAUCUUACAGUCUCAACAGUCUAUUUUGGAUGUACUUACGAGCUAAAGGGAUUGAUCCGUCAAAGCAUCGAAUCAGAUCAGAGAACGAGAGAUUGAAAAAAGCAAUGAUGCGAGCAAAGCAAAUACAUGAUAGACACACACUUAUGCCUCGCAUCAACAAGGAUGCUGCUAAGAGAUUUGUGAAAAACAGUUUGUGGGAGUUAAAGCAAAAAAAAACAGAGGAUGCAGAGAAAAAAACUGAUAAGACUGCAGAAGAUUCUUCACCUACGUAAAUGUAUAUUUUAUUACAUUUUUGUACAUUAUAUAUUUAUGGACCAUAAAGCAUAAACAUACUAUUUUGACAUGGA